AUGGUUAUAUCACCUGAUCACAGGGUUGCUUAUGUCAAGAAGGCACACCUUGUAAUCCGAAUGUUGGAGAUUCGCCUAGGCCAGCCAGUCUUAAUGCAAGUGCUGAAUAAAUUACUUGUACUGGCUCGCCUCUCAGCAGUCUCAAAUCUGUACUGUUCUGGCGAGUCAAUACUAAACCUUGGACCAAUUUGUCUUGACCAAUCUUCAUCAGAUUCUUCUAAUGGUCUCAAUUCCAUUCAAAGCCAGUGCUUAACAAAGACGACCUCACAUACUAAGUUUUCAAUUCCCCCAGGCACUGAUUUUGCACAUGCUUCUUGUCCACACGAUUUGGUUGAUCGAGAAUUUAAGACUGGCGAUACGGAAGAACUUGCUCGUAGCGGUAAAAGGGCUUCAGUUUGUUUGGUCAAAGGGCCAGCUUCAGCUUCACUUGACACUGGCAUCUUGCUAUCAGGGGCUUCUCCGAACGAGGACCUGCUCAGUCCAUCAAUUACAAAAUGA